GCCAUUAUUAACCACUCGAAAGGGACAUAGAUAUUUAACAAACCAAGAUUACAAUUCAUGUAACAACUAACAAAUUAUAAAGGGUGAAGAAAAAAGAAAAGAAAUCAGAGAUAAGAGAAAAUGGCUACACUAGGUGGCAAUCGUGUGGUUGAAGGAAGCCAGAACAGCAUUGAGAUCCAGAACCUUGCUCGCUUUGCUCUUCAAGAACAUAAUAAAAAAUCGAAUUCAAGCUUGGAGCUUGUGAGGGUGAUAAGUGCAAAGGAGCAAGUAGUUGCUGGAAGCAUAUAUGAAAUAACUAUGGUGGCAAAAGAUGGUGAUGAGAAGAAACAAGUUUAUGAAGCCAAAGUGUUGGUGAAGCCAUGGUUGAACUUCAAGGAGCUGCAAGAGUUCAAGCUUGUUACUGAUGAUGAUAAUGAAAAUGAUAAUGCUGCUUCAGUGUCUAGAGCACUUAUCUAGCUAUGUAUUUAAUUUUCACUAAUAUAUGUGUGGAAUAAAUGUAGCUAUGCUCUGAAAUACUCUAAAUGGGUGUAAUAUAUCAUCAAUAGAAUGUAUAAAAAAUUAAAAAUUACUUAUUGAA